AGGAGCAGGGGCGCUCACGCGUUUCGCCACCUGACCUCAGAGCCGGUUCAUGUAAAGCCCUCUACUGAACGCUAGAGGGCGCGAGAGAGCGGGUCCUAGACGAGUGAUGGCGAAUGGAGCUAAAAGCCUCUGUCCCAAGCACACCUGGGCAACAUCUAGAUACAGGAGGACUACUGGUACAGGGCACCUUGAGCUGUCGGUCAUGGCGUCAGUCCUAUCAGAAGAGCAAUUCACAUGCUGCAUCUGCUUGGAUCUUUUCCGCCAGCCUGUUUCCAUCCCGUGUGGCCACAACUUCUGCCUCCUCUGCAUCCAGGGAUUCUGGGACACAGCAGGGCGCAGUGAAUGUCCGCUCUGCAAGGAAACUUUUCGGCGGCGCCCAGAACUUAGGAUCAACCACGCUCUCACUGACAUCACUGAGGGCUUCAAGAGGUCACUCAGGGUCAAAUCAGAUCAGGUCAGAGGUCAGGAGCUAAGCCAGGGUGACAGGGGAGGGCAGGAGAAGCCGCUGCCAAGGAGACGGGACGUUUGCGGAAGGCAUCGGCAGCCACUGGACAUUUACUGCAAGACGGAGCAGAUAAUCGUGUGUUUGAAAUGUGCAGAGAGUCAACAUAAAGGACACCAGACAGUGCUCAUGGAGAGAGAGAGUAACAGGAUGAGGACAGAGCUUCGUGAGGUGGAGUCAAAUCUGCAGAGGAUGGUCCUGGACCGCCUGGAGAAGAUGGAUGAGAUCAAACAUUCAGCACAGCGAAGCGACAGAAGAAUGGAGAAGGAGAUCAAAGAGAGCAUGCAGAUCUUCACUGACCUGCUGCACUCCAUCGAGAGAAGCCAGGCCGAGCUGGUGGAGGAGCUGAAGGAGAAACAGAGGGAGGUGGUGAGGAGGGCAGCCUCACUCUCUGAGGAGCUGGAGAAAGAGAUUGCUGAGAUUGUGAUGAAAAAGUCAGAGGUGGAACAGCUUGUAAACACCCAGGACCAGCUUCAGCUUCUACAGAAUUUCCAAUCUGUGGUAACUCUCCCACGUACCAAAGACUGGUCUCAGACAUGCAUCAGUACCAAUCAACGUUUUGGGAUAGUGAGAAGAGCUAUGGGCACACUGGAGGAGACACUUCGCAACCAUGAGAGGAAACUGUGUGAGGCUGAGUUGCAUCAGAUCCAGCAAUACGCAGCGGACAUAAGCUUUGACCCACAGACUGCUGCCCCCUGGCUUGUCUUCUCCCCUGACCUUAAGCAGGCCAGUCUGGGCUACCAGCCCUCAACCAGUCCUUCCUCACCCAGCCCUCUGCGGUUUGACUCCUGCGUGUGUGUGCUAGGACAGCCGGGCAUCGCCAGUGGGCAGCACUACUGGGUGGUCCAGGUUGGUGACAAGACGGACUGGGAGCUGGGAGUGGCCCGAGAGUCCAUCAACAGAAAGGGGGCCAUAUCGGUUCGGCCAGAUCAGGGUUUCUGGGCAGUGUGUCGUCGGAAGGGGGGUAAUCUUAUUGCCUGUGCCGGACCAGCCACCCCACUUGUCUCUUGCCACGAAAGGCCACAGAAUGUUGGAGUGUUUGUAGACUAUGAGGGAGGCCUUGUCUCAUUCUAUGAUGUGGAUGACCAGAGCCAUAUUUAUUCCUACACUGGGUGCUCCUUUACUGAAACAUUGUUACCUUACUUCAACCCUUGUCUUCAUGAUGAUGGGAAGAACACUGCUCCACUAAUCAUCUGUCCCUUAGGGGGAGGAGAGGUCGCAAUCUCAAGCCUGAACCGUAGAACAGAAAGACUGCCUCCGCUAAUGAGACGUCAGUUGUCCCAGGGUUUCAUUUCACAGCGAACGCCACUGUAGAUGUGGCAAAGAAUGCUAAUAAAGGUGCCAAAAAGCAUUAUUUGGUGUGAUGGAAAAGAACACAGGUUCCCAACAUUUUGUGCCAAAUAAACUCCUUCAAUCUAGAUUUGCCUUAAAGGUGCACUAUGUAAGAUUUGGGGAUUUGGAGACCUCUCUGGUGUAAAUGUGUAAAUACAUUUGUGAGAAUUUUCCUUGUGCAUCAGACUCCUUCCCAAAUUGAAAGUUUUGACUGAGCUUUCUUUGAAGACCUCUUUCAACACACACUCAUCAGACUAAACAUUCAUAAUAUUCUCAUCAGUCAAAUGUUGAUUUUGCAUUAAAAAAAAUCUAACCCGACACAUCUGAUCCUGAAAAUGAUUUUUUCAGGCUUGCAGCAGGGUAAGGC